AUGAGAGGCGUCGUGGCUCUCUUGAGCUUUAUGGAGGUUGGACUGGGCUGGGCUGGUCACGCCGGUGGCAAUACUCUACCACCGGAAUUGCAGGUUCUAGGUGCUCCACGGCAGACCCUUCAUGUGAAGUUUCCGACAAGUUCGCCGCCGUACGUAGUCAAUGUGCGACCUGGAGGGUUCCUUGAAACAGCCGACACCGCGGAUGCGCCAGAAGCGGAUGUAAAACCAUUAUCGCACGGUCAGGGGCACGGCCAGGGACACGACCAGGACCUGUUCGUUUUCAUGAUGGUUGACCCCGACAUCAACACUACUUCUCCUACCUAUGUUGGUUUGCACACGAUGGUUGCCAAUCUAGCUGCCCAUAAUACGGAUGCGCUCACCACCACAGUCGCCACUUUCAUCGCCCCCGAACCUCCCGUAGGUGAAACCCACAACUACACACUUUUGGCAUUCCACCAACCUCCACAUUUCUCAAUUCCUCCAAAAUAUGCUCCGUACGUUGCUACUACACCGACUAGCCCGCUCAAUCGUAUCAAUUUUCCUCUUCAACAGUUUAUCGCCGAUACGAACCUGGGACCAGUGGUAGCUGCGAAUUGGUUCAAAACAGGUGAUCUGGAUUGA